AUGCAUUACUCUGAUCAGCGAUCAAUUCUUCCAGUAAUUAUCCAAAAUCCAUUAUUGCCAACAAGAUAUUCUAGUUUUCAUCAAAUUAAUUAUGAAAUUCAUUCCGGUUUUACUUUGGAUGAAGAAACUUUCAUUCAAAAAGCAUUGGCAAUCAUUGAUAAUCGAUUAUUGGACGAGAAAAUCUUACAAAAUAUGUAUCAAAUUUGUGGUACAUCCGGUUGUCUAUUUGCACCUGGUGUUUGGUCACGUUCGAAACUAGCAAAGAAUAAAGAAUAUAGCGGUAUACAUGAUUUAUUACGUUUUCAACUAAUGUGUUUGAAACUUGAAAUUGAAGAAAAUCGAUUUCCUGUAAUACACCUUUAUCCAACUUAUGAGAAAUCUGAUACACAAGCAGAAGGCAAGCUUGGCUGUAUUUCAUGUAUUUCUCAUGGAUCAAAAUUUUCAAUCGAAGGAGCAUUCCAUAUAAAAUUAAAUCAACAUAAUUUGGAUACAACAAAUGAACAAAUUGGAAACAGUAUUUAUUGGGCAGGAACAAUUGUGCAUGAAAUGUUGCAUAAUUUAGGUCAUAAACAUCAAAUCAAUGAUUAUACUGAUCAAUGGCAAAUAAACGUCUUUGAAAAAUGCUUUUUAUAUAAUGGAAACUAUGUAUCAUGA